AUAGGCGAAUUACCACAUUGCAAGUACACGCUUUAGAAUAAUUCAAAUAGCAUAUUUUAAUGUUAGAGUGGACGACAUUGCAUUUUUAAUGUUAUUAAUCGACCCUAGUAUCUUGAUAUCAGUCUCAGACGACAGUUAACGUCGUCUGAAUAUGAUAUAGCUGUAGCUUCGAUUCGAGCCCCUAGAGGCUGCUCAUGAGUUAUUUACAUAGUAGGCCUACAGAUUUUCCUAUGUACCGAUGGUUCCUCAUGUAUUUGUACAGAUUUACAUUCGUACAUUAAGGGAGGAAGAGGCCUAUACCAGGAAAGCAGUAGAAUGAUGAGAGCAAUGGUAUAUGAUUUCUUCUAAUUAGUAUGAUUUAGAAAAUAAACAAAAGUGUAGGUCACCCAAUCCACAAUGAAGAGAUGUGGUAGCCUACUUCUAAUUCGUGGAUGUUGGAAAGUGGGAAAGUUCAUUUAAAAUCAGCUCUGUUUACAACCAACUAUCUAAAUACAAAGUCCGGAAAAAUAGCUGCACCAAAUAUAUUUAUUAUUAUCAAUGCCAUACGAUAGUUAAAUUAUGUCUGUGUUAUACAGCGACAGCGACAGUGUUGAAAGCACUGGGAAGCAGGAAUAUCCAGCCUACUACUAAAGUAGGCGGGCUGCUAGGGUUCGCCCACCUGCCAACAACCAAACAGCCUUACAGUCAGAAUGGAAGCAUUGGUCUGGAGAAGUGCACCGAAGAAAGUCUACCAAGCACUCUGUCUCUCUCUAUCAGUCCUCCUCUAGGGUAACUACUACAUGGACUAUGUGGCAGAAAUCGACGUGGGGAAUUGGAAUUUCCCAGCCAGGACUUAAUCCGUGUUGUGAAUAAUAUUAUCCCAUGUCUCAAGUCAAGACAUUCGGGUCUCCUAUUGGAUUUUUAUUGAUUGGAAUUAUUUCGCAGAAAUGUAGGUUGAAUCUAACGAAGUCAUGAAGUCUUAAAUAAUGUUCAACAUUGCUAUCGAAAGUGGACCUUUCUCGAAGAAUUUAGAGGACUUCGACUCUAUCCGCAGUGUUCUCCUAUACAGCGACCUGGAGCCGGAAUGGCUGGACAACGUCCAGAAGAACGGCGAGCUCUUCUACCUGGAGCUCAGCGAGGGGGAGGAGGAGGUCGCGCUGGCCCGCACCCACGGCAACUGCGGCCUGUCCACCAAUCACGUGCGUUUCAGCGACAAGGAGGCGGAGGUCAUCACGGAGGCGGACCAGAAGCAGCGCUCUGAUUCGCCGACGAAGGCGGAGCCUAAGCUGAAGAAGCUGGCCAGGCUCCUGCGGAGGAAACGAUCCUCGAAGCGCAGAGGGCGGGAAAACGAGGCCAAAGACGGCGGCUCCCUCCCGGCCUCCAUCUUGAAGACCCAGGCUGCGGCUCAGAGACAGGGGGGGGCUGUGCGGCAGGUGAAGGAGGUGUGCGUUUACGUCAACCCAAAGCACCUCGCCCCCCUCCCCGAUGGGGGAGGAGGCCUGCUGGCCUCCCUGCUGGGGCUGGUGCAUCGCCCCUGCUCCGGCAGAAGCCCGGGUAACCCCGCGGCGGCAGGGGAAGGGGAAACGCUGACCGUACAUGGGCUGGUUCCCAACAGCCCCGCCAUCAGAGGAGGCCAGAUAUUAAUAGGGGACGCGCUCGUGGCGGUGGACGACGUGGAGGUGACCACGGAGAGCAUCGAGAGAGUCCUCUCCUGCAUCCCCGGGCCCACACAGGUGAGGCUGACCCUGGAGACGUCGGCCCCAGCCGAGGGGCCUCCGACGGCGGCGGCGGAGGAGACGGUGGCCCCCCCCCAGCCCCGAGCCAAGGCGCCCCCCCCCGUCAGCCAGCUGGUGCGCCUGCUGUGGGGGGAGGACACGGCGGAGCUCCAGAUGGCCCUGGGCCACGUCCCCCACGUGGCCAUGUACCUGUCCCUCCAGCUGGACUCAGAGACCCUGCAGGAGGAGCAGGAGAUCCUGUACCAGUACCCGGUGUCGGACGCCUCCAGCCAGCUGAAGGGGGUGCGGGGGGUCUUCCUCACGCUGUGUGACAUGCUGGAGAACGUCACCGGGGGCCACAUCGUCAGUUCAUCUCUGCUGCUGGGGAGGCACCUGGUGCACGUGGGCUACUGGAAGGAAGGCAGCCGGCUGCUGGUCCUGGGAAUACCUGCCGAGAGGUACACACACACACACACACACGCACAUGCACUCGCACGCACACACACACAAACACACACACACCUCGCUCGACAUGUGCGUCCCGCGCUCACUAUGAUCAUGCCUGACCCGCCCCGCGCACGCCACUUCCUGCUCAUCGUGGGGCUGAGGCACCUGAUGCAGUGUGUGUUGAUGGAGGCCGGUGGGGCCGCCUCCCCUGCCCUGGGCUCCCCGGGGCCCGACUGCAUUUACAUAGACCAGGUGAAGGCCACCCUCCUGCAGCUGGAGGGGCUGGAGGGGGGCAUGGAGGACCGGCUCGGCGCCCCCGCCGCUCCCUGCCUCUCCUGCGCCGACUGGUUCCUCCCCGGCGCCGCCUCGGCCCGCGAUCGCUCCGGCGCCGUCCCCUCCCCCUCCUCCUCCUCCUCCUCGCCGGUCCUCAGCAAGCUGGCCGGGGCCAUGAGGGGGCCCUCCUUUGCGGGGGCCCGGGGCCGCGGCCUCUUUGGGGACAGGGCCAGGCGACCCAGCCCCAGGAGGAACCCGUCGGACAGCGGGAACGACGGGCCCCAGCAGGACCCGGGGCCCCGCCGCGACUCGCUGGGGUCCGGGGGGUCCGACGGCAGCGGGAGUCUCUUCAAGAUCCCCAGGAUGAAGAACCCCAACCCGUUCUACCUGGGCACCCUGAAGAAGACCCUCACCGAGAGGGAGACGGAGGACAUGUUCAACUCCAUCAAGCUGACCUCCGGGGUGGAGAACACCCUGUUCCACUACGUCCUGAUGGAGUCGGUGCAGGGCAUCUUCAUCGCCCCCACCCACCGCCAGGUGGCGCAGCUCAGUGGCUCCAUCCACCCCCAACUCAUCCGCAACUUCCACCACUGCUGCCUCUCCAUACGGGCCGCCUUCCAGCAGAGCCUGCCCCCCCGGGGGCCGAGGGGGGCCGCAGAGAGGGCGCGCGGGCCCCUGGGCCUGGGUCCCGUGAAGGAGCACGGGGUGUUGUUCCAGUGCAAGCCCCAGAACUGGACGGACCAGAAGAAGCCCGCCCCCACCAUGACCUACUGGGUCAUAGGGCGGAUGCUGCUGGAACCGGUUCCUCAGGAGUUCUACGUGUGUUUCCAUGACUCGGUUCCCGAGGUUCCCGUGGAGCUGGCCUUCAGGCUGUCCUUUGGCCUGGCUCUGUGAGGCCGUCUGCCAGCAGGGCGCUUCAUGCACACACUCCCACACUCAAGGGCAAGGGCUUCUGGGGUCAUGCGGCCGGACGGAAACACAAGAUGCACACACAACAAGGAGGUGUGCGCGUUUUUAUCCUUCGGCUCCUGCUGCCUUUCAAGGAACUGUUGCUUCUUCAAACAAAUACCUCAGAAACCAAGGUGUUCAGUUUAAUAAAGGAAGUCUUGAAAGGAGAAGUGGCCUGUACAGGCACUACUGACUAGUGCCAUCAGUAAUUGACCGAAAAAAAUGAAUGAAUUGUCUCAGAAAACAAUUUGUUAUUUAAGAUGUACAGUAUUUGUUUUUGUACGGUAAUCGCACUUUAUAACAAUGUACAUUUCUUAGAGAAUUAAAGUAAGUGAUUCCUUUUGCUUUGUAA